AUGUUACAGGGUGGGUUGUGGGUUUGUUUCGAGAAAUUUUGUUUAAAUCUCCGUAACUGGACCCUACUGCAAGCUAAAUUAAAAGUCGAAGAUUGGCACCAUAUUAAUCCUGGUCCUCCCACGACUCACGAUGAUAUACCAAUUCCCUUUAAAGGAUUUGAGGAAGCAAAGAAAGAUUUCAUGCCUACCUUCAAUUUGUAUUUUUAUGGCUCCAUAAUACUUUUUGCCGUAACCUUUUAUUGGGUAUUUUUUGUCGAAGACAUCUGGCCAUAUAAUGCUCGAGCACCAGUGAAGUCAUAUCGAGAACGACAUAAGGGCAAAAAAGCUCCGGAAUCGUCAAGUGACGAUAGUUCAAAUGGUAGCAAGACAUCGGCAGACGCUGCUGGAGCUGGGGCAGCGCUGGCUAUUGAUAGUAGCGAAAAGGAAACAACAGACGGAAGUGCUGGUAUUGAGAAAGAUGUGAAGGUAAACACUUCUACUGUUUCUCCCCUAGCUUCAGUCAAAGAGAAAAAGGCAGUAGCCACUGAAGGAUCUGUAAUGUCGGAAGAGACGAUCGCAAUGGGAUCCGGAAAAGAGGAUGUAGUGGACCCGAAAAAACUACCCGAUGAAAUACCUUAUUUGCUGAUAGGUUCCGGUGCGGCAUCGUAUUAUGCUGCUUUGGCAAUCAGGGCUCGAGAUGCGGAUGCCAAAGUGCUGAUAAUAGGCGAUGAGAAACAUUUACCAUACAAUCGACCUCCACUAUCAAAAGAAUUGUGGUGGUAUGGAGAAGAUCAGGUGGCUGAAACUCUGGAGUAUAGAGGUUACGGUGGGAAGAAACGGGAUGUGUAUUUUGAAGCACCGGGGUUCUUCGUAGCACCAGGUGAGAUUGAGUCAGCUGAACAUGGUGGUGUAUCGUUAAUCAUUGGGCAUCGGGUUGUUAAACUUGAUUUGGCGACUCAAACAGCUUAUCUUGAUGACGGACGUUCGUUGAAGUACCAAAAGUGUCUCAUUGCUACAGGAGGCUAUCCAAAAUCAUUACCAGUAAUCGAAGAUGCUAACGAGGAAAUAAAGCGGCGAGUGACAUUCUUCCGAACGAUUGACGAUUUCCGCAAAUUGGAUGAAAUAGUGCGAAAGAGUAAGUCUAUAACGAUUAUUGGUGGUAGUUUCUUGGGUUCGGAGUUAGCGAACUCAUUGAAUCGACGCUUUGGAAAGCAAGGAUUGCAAAUUUGUCAGAUAUUCCGAGAAAGAGGCAAUGUUGCUGAGAUUCUACCACAGUUUUUGAGCAAAUAUAUAACCAGUGAGUUACGUAAAAGCGGUGUUAACGUUAUGCCCGAAAAGGAACUUAAACGUGUAACAGUGGAUGAAAGUGGUAAACUUCGCUUGCAGCUAACAACAGGAGAGACUAUAAACACUGAUCAUAUCAUUUUGGCAAUAGGCAUAUGCGCAAAUACGGAUUUGGCAAAAUCAUGCGGCUUGGAAAUUGAUCCUGUGAAUGGUGGUUAUGUAGUUGAUGCCGAACUGCGUGCUCGGUCUAACAUUUGGGUUGCUGGUGAUGCAAGUAGUUUUUACGAUAUUAAACUUGGUCGAAGAAGAAUGGAACAUUGGGAACAUGCGCAGAUAACCGGACGUCUCGCUGGUGAAAAUAUGACUGGAGCGAACAGACCGUAUUGGCAUCAGUCUUCAUAUUAUUCCUUCUUAGCACCAAGUGUUCAGUUGGAAGCAGUUGGUAGGACUGAUUCGGGAUUGAGAACAGUGUCCGUUUUGGCAGAUAGUAAAGAGAAGGCCAAGGAGAUCGAAAAAGGAGUCGUAUUUUAUCUUGAUGGUAAAGUUAUCGUAGGUGUACUGUUGUUAAAUGUUUCUGGUCCAGGUAUUGAGAUUGCACGACGGCUUAUUGCAGACGGACGUGAGCAUGACAAUUUCAAGGAACUUGCAAAACUGUUCGAGUUACAUAAAAGCAUAGCAAAUGAUGAACAAGAGCAAGAGGAAUGACCGUAUUAAUGGAAGCCUAUUUGACAUAUACUGAAGCUUUUUAUUGCAAGUGUUUUAUCACUUUGUUUCAUGGUCGCACAUAUCUUUUAUUUACGAUAAAUUUAAAUUGUACGUUUCACUGGGGAUUGUAUACAUAGGAUUUAUGUCUGUUUUGCUAUUGUUUUACCUUAUGAUCAUGUGUUCAUAUUCCCAUAUGAUUGUUAGGAUUGAGCUUCCAUUAUAUGAUUUGCUUUAAGGAUUUCGGAACUUAAUAUAUGCUAUAAGAUUUAUUCUUGUAUACCAACCUUAAAUUAACAAAUAACAAUGAAAAUGCCCAAUCGUCUUUCCUACUGC